GACGCGCCCUCACCGCGGCCGGAAGCGGAGCCGUUUGGCACAGGGACUCGCUCCCGGCGCACCGCACCAGACGCGCCGGCGGGAAACAUGUCCGCGGCCCGGCCGUUCCUCUCCUGCGCCUGCUUCUUCACCGAUAACAUCUUCCUGGGCCGCUACGGGCUCCACGUCCGGUACCGGGACGAACCGCAGCUCCGCCACGACUACGGGCGGGUUGAGGCAGAAGUGCAGAGAAGGAGGGAGUUGAUUCAGCACUCGAGGGCACGCAGAGCCAUCAUCUCCAAGUGCUACCAACCAAAGCACCCACAGAUCUAUGUCCUGCAGGAUUCAUUCCUGGCCCCAGAUUUUCUGGAAAUUGUGAGGUACUGCACAUCACCUGGUGCUCAUCUCCACGGCCUCCUGAGCUACCUCGAGUCCUUCUCAGAUAAAAGGAUCUACCGGCUCCCAGUGUUCACAGAGGAAUUCUGCCGAACCUUUGUGGAGGAGCUGGAGCACUUCGAGCAGUCUGAGAUGCCCAAAGGCAGGCCCAACAGUAUGAAUAAUUAUGGGGUUUUACUCAACGAGCUGGGGAUGGAUGAAACCUUCAUCACACCCUUAAGGGAGAAAUUCCUGCAGCCCAUCACAGCUCUGCUGUACCCUGACCUGGGGGGCUCUUGUCUGGACAGCCACAAAGCUUUUGUUGUCAAGUACUCCCUGCAGGAGGAUCUGGAUCUGAGCUCUCACUAUGACAAUGCAGAGGUCACCUUGAAUGUUUCACUGGGAAAAGACUUCACAGAAGGCAACCUGUACUUUGGGGAUUUCAGACAGGAUCCUACCCCAGUGCCAAAGUACAUAGAGAUCCAGCACGUGGGAUCCCAGGGGCUGUUCCACCGAGGAGGGCAGAUCCAUGGAGCACUUCCCAUUGCCUCUGGGGAACGUUGGAACCUCAUUGUUUGGAUGAGAGCCUCUUCCAUCCGGAACCAGCUCUGCCCCAUGUGCAACCAGAAGCCUGAGCUGGUGGCAGCAGAAGGCUUUGGGGAUGGUUUCACAGAGAAUCCUUGAGGACCACGAGCCCCAGCUUGCUCAGCUCUGUGCCUUGUAGGAGAUGGAGGAGCUUGGUUCCUCCAGACCCAGUACCUGGAGCUCCUUUCCCACCCCACAGCAAGUGAUGGAUGCAGGAAUCAUGGAAGGACCUCGGUGGGGAUGGGAUGUGGACCCAAACCUGCUGGGUUUGAGAAGCUUGGAGCUGGGAUGCAGGCUCAUGUUUGGGAUGGAGAACUGCUUGGAAGCCUUAACCCCACUUCCCUGCUGAGGCCCCACGAGUGUUUCCAGGUGCAGGGGGAGGACACCCGGAGCUGCCUGGGGCUCUGUGCCUGCAGCAGCAUCCCAGGGGAAUGGUGCAAUAAAUCCCUGUGCUUCCUGCUUCCC